AAUUUCUCUGGAGUUUCGUUGGGCUUGACUUGAGACUCUUCUCAAUCGUGGACUCUAUCUGUGGUGUCCUUUUGUACACUGUUUCCCUCCCUAUUUAUUAUAUCUCUCUCUUUCAAAACUCACACAAUAUUAACUGCCAUUUAUUGAUUCUCUCUGCGAAACAUCUCUUGAUUGUCAGAACGAAAUUUCUCUACAAGCUCUUCAUCUUGUUGUUGCUCUAAUUUCUUCAGGUUCUCUCUGGUUUUGGGUUUCUGUUUGAGGCCUGAGAAAAGGAAAAGUCUAGAAUCUGAUAAAUGAAAGAAACUUCAUCUAGUUGGGUUUGAUUUGAUGCAGCAGUCUUGCUUUUUUUUGACAUGGGUUUUCAGCUUUUCAUGCUGUAGGAAUAUAAGGGCCUGGAUAUCAGCUCUUUCAAGCAGUAAAAGAACCAAAUCCGGAUACCAAAAUAUGAAUUCCGUGGGGCAUAAGUUUGUAAGGUUUGAAGAUUGGCAUUCGGAUCGAUCUGAAAGAUCUGAGCAUGAAGCUUCCACUAGUCAUGGAUUAAAUCCAAGAAGAGCUAGACCAUCUGUGAAUGCAGUUUUUAGGGGUCUCCGGAGAGGAUUAGAGAGAGGUUCUGAUCGGAUUAGAAGCUUGAAAAAACCACUAAGUUCCACUUCUGUAGGUAACUGGUCAGCAAGGGAGUCAGGCUCUAGGAGGAAAAUUCUUGACCCUCAGGGGUCAUUUCUUCAGAACUGGAACAAGGUAUUUGUGAUCACUUGUGUUAUAGCUGUGUCCUUGGACCCGUUGUUUCUUUAUACUGCAGUGGUCGAUGGGGAAAAUAAGUGCGUGGGUGUGGACGAAAGGUUGCAGAUCAUUACUUGUGUUCUUCGUUCCUUCACCGAUGUCUUUCACAUACUUCAUAUCAUCUUUCAGUUUCGCACUGGUUUUAUUGCCCCCUCUUCUCGAGUAUUCGGAAGGGGUGAGCUAAUUGACGAUCCUAUGGCCAUUGCAAAAAGAUACUUGUCCUCAUACUUCAUCAUUGACAUUCUAGCUAUUCUUCCUCUGCCACAGAUGGUUGUUUUUUUUAUAAUCCCAAUAUCACGUCCAGUUCCCCGCGUCACAAAGGACUUGUUGCUGAUUGUAAUUGUUGCCCAAUAUGGGCCAAGGCUUUGGCGGAUCUAUCCAUUAUACGAAGAAGUAACAAGAACUUCAGGCUUCCUGACUGAAACAGCAUGGGCUGGAGCUGCUUACAAUCUUUUGCUCUACAUGCUAGCCAGUCACGUAGUUGGAGCCUUUUGGUACUUGUUCUCCGUGGAACGAGAGUAUAGCUGCUGGCGUAAGCAGUGUCAUGGGGAUGAUGGUUGUAAGAAAGUCCUGUACUGUGAUCCUAAGUAUAAAGCUGACUCUAGCUGGAUUGAAAUAAAAAAAGCUUCUUGCCCUUUUAUUGACCCUGAUCAAAUAAAAAAUUCAACGGUGUUCAACUUUGGAAUAUUUACUGAUGCUCUGCAGUCUGGUGUGCUAGAGACCAGAGAUUUUCCAAAGAAAUUUUUAUACUGCUUCUGGUGGGGUCUGCGCAACCUUAGUUCUCUUGGUCAAAACCUCAAAACAAGCACUUUUGUUUGGGAGAUAGUCUUUGCCGUGUUCAUAUCUAUCUUUGGAUUGGUGCUAUUUUCAUUGCUCAUUGGCAAUAUGCAGAAAUUUCUGCAGUCCACAACUGUGAGAGUUGAAGAAAUGAGAGUGAAAAGGCGAGAUGCAGAACAGUGGAUGUCACACCGAAUGCUCCCCGAGAACUUGAGGGAAAGGAUUAGAUGCUAUGAUCAGUAUAAAUGGCAGGAAACAAGAGGUGUUGAUGAAGAGACUCUAGUUCGUAACCUUCCCAAAGACCUGCGGAAGGACAUAAAGCGCCAUCUUUGCUUGGCUCUUCUCAAUAGAGUGCCUAUGUUUGAGAAAAUGGAUGAACAACUGAUGGACGCCCUGUGUGAUCGUCUCAAGCCAGUUCUUUACACAGACAAGAGCGUUAUCACUCGAGAAGGCGAUCCAGUUGAUGAGAUGCUAUUCAUCAUGCGUGGAUAUUUAGCAACCAUGACUACCAAUGGUGGAAGAACUGGCUUCUUCAACACUGCUGAUCUUAAGGCUGGUGACUUUUGUGGAGAAGAGCUUCUUACAUGGGCCUUGGAUCCAAACUCCUCCACCAAUCUUCCUAUCUCAACUAGGACAGUGGAAGCUAAAACAGAAGUUGAAGCCUUUGCUCUCAUGGCUGAUGAUUUGAAGUUUGUUGCCUCCCAGUUUCGGCGCCUACACAGCAAGCAGCUGCAGCACACUUUCAGGUUUUACUCCCUGCAGUGGAGGACAUGGUCAGCCUGUUUCAUACAAGCAGCUUGGCGCAGGCACUGCAAGAGAAAGCUUGAGAAGUCUUUACGUGAAGCAGAAGACAGGCUGCAAGAUGCUUUGACAAGAGAAGCUGGAAGCUCACCAAGCCUACUUGCCACUGUAUAUGCAUCAAAGUUUGCAGCCAAUGCACUACGAAACUUGCGACAAAAUGGUAAGCGCGACACUAGACCUUCACCGACAUUGCUGCCACUGCUGCCUCAGAAGCCCACUGAGCCUGAUUUUACCGCAGAUCAUCGUGACUAGUAGUACAUUGUUAUGAAGUGAUUAGCGUCUAAGUUUUGCUUUCCAGAUACAAGUUUAUCCUUGCCGGUUUCUGUGUAUAGUAAUAUAUUGGUAACUUGGUGAACUUCCUCCCUCUGUAUCUAACUUAGCUUUUUUCUUCAUUUCUCCUUUUCGAUCCAUUGAGAGUUCAUUUGUUUUAUGAGCCAUACAACCUUCAUGUGUGAUAUGACAUUCACAGCGGAUGGUUUUCUAUGUAUAAAAAAUAUAUCAUUUUAUAACAUGGAAUAAAGCGGAAAUUUUCUGCCAA